AUUUCAACCCAAUACACGUUGUCACUGGUCAGGGGUGAAGGGCGUCUCCCGUCUCCCCGCAGUCCCGCUAGCUAGUCCCCUUCCCUUCUCCAAUCUCGCAUCGCAAUUCGCAUCUUCCAUUUCGUCCACCAAACCAAACCAAACCAAACCCUACUCGCCCCCGCCCGCGCCACCGCCAUGGACUCGAUCGACGCGGAUCUAGCGCGCACGCAGGAGGAGCGGCGCAAGAUGGAGGAGGCGCUGGCGGCCGGCGCGCCCAUGGCCGUGUCCUCCGUCACCUUCGACACCGACCUCUACGGUGGCGGGGGCGCCGACCCCAACCGCUUCGCGGGCUACGACACCUCCAUCCCGGCCUCCGAGGAUGACGCCGCGGAGGACGACACGGAGUUGGCCAACCCCGCACCGCGCCGCCUCGCGGCCUACACGGGCCACGCCAUCGCCGCCGCCGACCUCCCGCGGUCAGCCGACGACGACGACGGGCUGCCCAAGAGGUCCCAGCGCAUCAUCGACCGCGAGGACGACUACCGCCGCCGCCGCCUCAACCAGAUCAUCUCGCCGGAGCGCCAUGACCCGUUCGCUGCCGGGGAGGCCACCCCGGAUCCCUCUGUGCGGACCUACGCCGACGUCAUGCGCGACGCGGCGCUGCAGAAGAAGAAGGAGGACCUGCUCAGGGAGAUUGCCAAGAAGAAGAAGGAAGAGGAGGAGAAGGAGAAGGAGAGGAAGGCUGCCGCGCCUGAGCAGCCGGCUGCUGCGACGAAGCGGCGUAACAGGUGGGAUCAGUCGCAGGAUGGCGAUGCUGCUGCCGGUGGCAAGAAGGCAAAGACAUCCUCGGACUGGGAUGCCCCCGAUGCGACUCCUGGGAUUGGGCGUUGGGAUGCCACCCCUGGACGUGUUGGAGACGCCACACCCUCCGUGAGAAGGAACAGAUGGGAUGAGACACCGACUCCAGGUAGGAUGGCUGAUGCUGAUGCGACGCCUGCAGCUGGCGGUGCCACCCCUGGGGCAACUCCUUCUGGGGCUUGGGAUGCGACUCCAAAGCUUCCUGGUGGUGUCACGCCAACACCUGGUAAGAAGCAGAGGUCAAGGUGGGAUGAGACGCCAGCGAGUAUGGGGAGUGCAACCCCUGGUGGUCUUGGUGCUGCAACACCUGUUGGUUAUACUCCUGGUCCAACGCCAUUUGGUGCAGAGAACCUUGCCACACCAACUCCUAGCCAGAUUGCCCGUGGACCGAUUACUCCGGAGCAGUACCAGCUCAUGCGGUGGGAGCGGGACAUUGAGGAGAGGAACAGGCCUCUCACUGAUGAGGAGCUCGAUGCCAUGUUCCCGCAGGAAGGAUACAAGAUUCUUGAGCCCCCGGCUUCCUACCAGCCCAUCAGGACCCCAGCAAGGAAGCUCCUUGCGACACCAACACCUCUGGGGACACCACUUUAUGCUAUUCCAGAGGAGAAUCGUGGGCAGCAUUUUGAUGUGCCUAAGGAGCUGCCUGGUGGAUUGCCUCUCAUGAAGCCAGAGGAUUACCAAUACUUUGGAACUUUGCUGAAUGAAGAAGAGGAGGAGGAGCUAUCGCCAGAGGAGCAGAAGGAGAGGAAAAUCAUGAAACUGUUACUCAAAGUGAAGAAUGGUACACCUCCACAGCGUAAAACAGCACUUCGGCAAUUGACAGACAAAGCCCGGGAGUUCGGUGCUGGACCACUGUUCAACAAAAUCCUGCCCUUACUCAUGCAGCCAACACUGGAGGACCAGGAGAGGCAUCUUCUGGUGAAGGUCAUUGAUAGGGUACUGUAUAAGCUGGAUGAGCUGGUCCGACCUUUUGUGCACAAGAUUCUUGUGGUUAUUGAACCACUGUUGAUUGAUGAGGACUACUAUGCUCGUGUUGAAGGCAGGGAGAUCAUCUCAAAUCUUAGUAAAGCAGCUGGGCUUGCUACUAUGAUUGCUGCCAUGCGACCGGAUAUUGAUAACAUUGAUGAGUAUGUGAGAAACACCACUGCUAGGGCAUUCAGUGUAGUGGCUUCUGCUUUGGGCAUCCCUGCCCUUUUACCAUUCCUGAAGGCUGUCUGUCAGAGUAAGAAGUCUUGGCAAGCUAGGCACACUGGUAUCAAAAUCGUGCAGCAGAUUGCUAUUCUCAUGGGUUGUGCUGUUUUGCCACAUCUCAAGUCAUUAGUCGAGAUCAUUGAGCAUGGUCUGAGCGAUGAAAACCAGAAAGUCCGGACAAUUACUGCCCUUUCUCUUGCUGCACUUGCUGAGGCUGCUGCACCAUAUGGUAUAGAAAGUUUUGAUACCGUAUUGAAGCCUUUGUGGAAGGGUAUCAGAUCUCACCGAGGGAAAGUCCUUGCUGCCUUCCUCAAGGCCAUUGGUUUCAUCAUCCCUCUUAUGGAUGCUCUGUAUGCUAGUUACUACACAAAGGAGGUGAUGCAGGUCCUCAUUAGGGAGUUCCAAUCUCCAGAUGAAGAAAUGAAGAAGAUUGUUCUCAAGGUUGUGAAACAGUGUGUCAGUACAGAGGGUGUGGAGGCUGAUUAUAUCCGAAAUGACAUCCUUCCAGAUUUCUUCAAGCACUUCUGGGUGAGGAGAAUGGCUCUAGAUCGGAGGAACUAUAAGCAGCUUGUGGAAACUACAGUGGAGAUAGCAAACAAGGUUGGAGUUGCUGAUAUUGUGGGGAGGAUUGUUGAGGAUCUGAAAGAUGAGAGCGAGCCUUACAGAAGAAUGGUGAUGGAAACAAUUGAGAAGGUAGUGGCCAACUUGGGUGCUUCAGAUAUCGAUGCUCGUCUUGAGGAGCUGCUUAUUGAUGGUAUCUUGUAUGCUUUCCAAGAGCAGACUAGUGAUGAUGCAAAUGUUAUGCUUAAUGGUUUUGGAGCUGUGGUUAAUGCACUUGGACAAAGAGUUAAGCCUUACCUUCCUCAGAUUUGUGGUACCAUCAAGUGGCGAUUGAACAAUAAGAGUGCAAAAGUUAGGCAGCAAGCUGCUGAUCUGAUCUCCAGGAUAGCCAUUGUCAUGAAGCAGUGCCAGGAGGAGCAACUCAUGGGUCACUUGGGUGUUGUGCUGUAUGAGUACUUAGGAGAAGAGUAUCCUGAGGUGUUGGGUUCAAUUCUUGGAGCCUUGAAGGCUAUCGUCAAUGUCAUCGGUAUGACUAAAAUGACUCCUCCAAUCAAGGAUCUUCUUCCUCGUCUAACCCCCAUCUUGAAGAACAGGCAUGAGAAGGUCCAAGAGAACUGCAUUGAUCUUGUUGGUAGGAUUGCUGAUCGUGGAGCAGAAUUUGUGCCAGCAAGGGAAUGGAUGAGGAUUUGUUUUGAGCUGCUCGAGAUGUUGAAGGCUCAUAAGAAAGGUAUUAGGAGAGCCACUGUGAAUACAUUUGGUUAUAUUGCAAAGGCUAUAGGGCCACAGGAUGUGCUGGCCACCCUGUUGAAUAAUUUGAAGGUGCAGGAGCGGCAGAACCGUGUCUGCACAACUGUAGCAAUUGCCAUAGUUGCUGAAACUUGCUCACCUUUCACAGUUUUACCUGCCCUUAUGAAUGAGUACCGGGUCCCAGAGCUCAAUGUCCAAAAUGGUGUUCUGAAGUCACUCUCUUUCCUCUUUGAGUAUAUUGGUGAGAUGGGUAAAGAUUACAUAUAUGCUGUCACUCCCUUACUUGAAGAUGCUUUAAUGGAUAGAGAUCUGGUUCACCGGCAGACUGCUGCAUCUGCUGUUAAGCACAUGGCUCUAGGUGUUGCUGGCUUGGGUUGUGAGGAUGCUCUUGUUCAUCUGCUUAACUAUGUUUGGCCCAACAUAUUUGAGACAUCUCCCCACGUUAUAAAUGCUGUCAUGGAGGCAAUUGAGGGUAUGAGGGUUGCGCUAGGUGCAGCUGUGAUUUUGAAUUAUUGCCUGCAAGGUCUCUUCCAUCCAGCAAGGAAAGUACGUGAAGUUUAUUGGAAGAUAUACAACUCUCUGUACAUUGGUGCACAGGAUUCACUUGUUGCUUCUUAUCCUGCCCUGGAAGACGAUGGGGAUAACAUAUUUAGUCGCCCAGAGUUGGCAAUGUUCGUCUGAUUAACCUCUGUGCAAGAACAGCCUAGAUGAAGUAGAUUAAUCAUGUAUGUUUUGCCAGUUCAGCACCAAAGUAUAGGAAUGGGAUUAUCUAUUGAGUGUUGAUAUGUCUCCAUGCAAACAUAUCCAUCCAUUAAACAGCACAACUGCACAAGCUUGUAGGGGCUGACCAUUGGUGGGUGUAGGGGACGGCUGUGUGUGGCUACAAUAGCCAGCAGGGUCAGGGUGGCCAGGGUUGGGGCCAGGCGGCUGAUCAUGCAGGCCGUUGUUGGCUGUGCUGGCUGGAGGCCGGGCGGGUGGCUGGGGCAUGGUCUCUCGGAGAGGAAAGGUGGCUGGUGGAGUCCCUGCAGAGGGAGGCGCUGUUUUGGGCUGCUGGUUGUACUCACUUGUGAUGCUUGACUGUUGUCAGCUAGUUGGGCACUUGUUACCAUUUGAACAUGUAUUAUCAAGCAGUAGUUGAUUUGUAUGACUGUAUUGUGUUUAUUUUCUGCCUUAUGUUUUUUCCUGUUUGUUAAGAAUGCAAAGGAAGAAUCUGAUAUGCAAACGCAUUGACAGGCUGGAUGUCCAUGUAUCUUCAUCCAUAUUGUUGUGAAGCUUGAACUGGGUGGUAUUUGAGUUAGAGCUUGUAUAUUUAAGUUACUUGGUGACCCCUCUUGUGAUGUGCAUGUAAUUAAAUUUGCAUCUGUUUCUGUAUUUGCAGGAUUGUUCCUUCCGAAGGGGGUGCACAAUGUUUAGGAAUUUUUAUUAUGGUUUACUGUAAUGCAACUCUAAAUCACUGUCGUAAUCUGAUCUACUAACCAUUUGGGAAAUGUUCUGUUUUCAGGAUAGUCCGUGUUGAAGCUGCUGAAGAGUUCCACUGGAUUGAGGACCGAUUUCGAGGCUGCAGAGGACCCUUUAAUUAAUCCAUCAUGAUCCUAUGUUUUGAAGGAGAAAUGACGAUCCUAGCGUGUUGUCUUAAUAUUAGACGUUGGCACCUUCUGUGUUCUUGAACUUUUUGUGAUAGCCGUGGAUGUUGUUGUUAUAUAUAGGUGUGGACAGUGGAACAUUGCAAACCCCUCUGUGACCUUGAUUCCUCGCUGUAUUCCUGAGAUGGCUGUUAUUAGCGUGCCUUGAUCAAAUAGCUUGUGUAUCUCGGUUUGCAAAGGCUACUGGUGAUAAUCCAUCUGUUACUCCUA